AUGAAGAUAGAAGCUUAUGCCACAGUACUAGACAGGAACCCAAUCAUUCUAGGUCUUUCAUGGUUCAAACGUUUCAAUCCAGUCAUCAACUGGAUCACUGGAAAGAUGCGCUUUUGUUGGGAUCAACUCCUGCGAGCAAUCAAAACCCUUGCUAGUAACAUCCCAGAAUACCUAGAGAAAUUCCUCUCCGUAUUUAACAAAAGCACAGCAGAAUGGUUACCAGAAUGGAAACCCUGGGAUCAUACCAUUGAUCUGGAAGCUGAUUUCAAACCCCAGCAAGGCAAGGUUUAUCCAUUAUCACCAGCAAAGCUCAAGCAGUUGGAUACCUUUAUCAAGGAAAAUUUACGGAAAGGUUACAUUUGUCCAUCAAAGUCUCCUAUGGCAUCCCCAUUUUUCUUUGUCAAUGAGAAAUCUGUAGAUCUCCAACCAUGCCAGGACUACAGGAAACUCAAUGACGCCACCAUCAAGAAUGCCUAUCCUAUUCCAAGAGUAGAAGAUCUAUUAGAUCAGGUUGCCACUGCCAAACCAACUAUGUUCACCAAGCUUGAUUUACAUGCAGGGUACAACAAUGUGCACAUCAAAGAAUGUGAUAAAUGGAAGGGAGCUUUUAUCACCCCUCAUGGGCUAUUCAAACCAACAGUCAUGUUCUUUGGAAUGACAAACUCUCUGGCAACCUUCCAAGCUAUGAUGGAUGGCAUCUUUGCAGAUCUGUUGCUAGAAGGAUGGCUUGUGAUCUAUAUUGACAAUAUUCUCAUCUAUUCUACUGACCCUGCGGAACAUCAACAACAAACUCAACUGGUUCUUCAGCGCCUGAAAGAAUCAGAUCUGUUCCUUAUACCGGAGAAAUGUUUCUUUGAUGUAUCAGAAGUCAAAUUCCUAGGAUUUAUUCUCCGCCCAGGACAAAUAGGGAUGGCAGAAGAUAAAGUAUCAGCAGUACUAAAUUGGCCAAAGAUUGACAGUGUCAAAGCACUACAAAGGUUCCUAGGUUUUGCCAAUUUCUACCAAAGAUUCAUUCCAGGAUACUCCAAAGUAGCACGACCCCUAUUCGACCUAUUGGUAAAAGGGAUCAAGUGGAGUUGGACUGAUGAUCACAAUAGAGCCAUCAAUCAACUCAAGGAAUGUUUCAAGACUAGACCACUCUUGGUACAACCUGAUGUUACCAAACCAUUCCAAAUAGAGUCCAAUGCUUCUCUGAAAGCUUCUGGUGGUAUCCUAUCUCAGAAACAAUCUGAUGGAAGAUGGCAUCCAUGUGCUUUCCUAUCCCAGUCAUUCUCUCCCAUAGAACAACGGUACGAAAUCUACGAUCGAGAACUCUUGGCAAUCAUCAGAUGUUUCAAAGCUUGGUGCCACUACAUCAAAGGAUGCACUGAACCAGUGGAAGUAUUGACAGAUCACGUGAAUCUGACCUAUUUCAAAGACCCCCAGAAACUAAACCCUCAGCAAGCAUGA